AUGGAUCAUCUUUUUCAUAAGGUGGAAGAUGCCUUCAAGGAGGUGAAAGAUGCUAUAAAGCAUGAAGAAGAGGAGCGUCCUCACCACGAGAGCCACAACAACAAUGCCGGCGCCGAGCAGAGCGUAUUCACAAGCAAUAACCGUUUUCAGUCUUUUGCCCCCGAGACCUCCGGUGCUGUUAAGUGGUAUGUCGAUGGAGCAUCGUAUUUCUACGCUGUAUCUCUCGCUCUUGAAGAGGCUAGAGAGAGUGUUUACAUCUUGGAUUGGUGGCUGAGUCCGGAGCUGUAUCUCCGUCGACCUCCCUCACGCAAUGAGCAAUACCGUCUCGACAACAUGCUACGAGCAGCUGCCGAGAGAGGCGUUGAAAUACGUGUUAUCGUAUACAAGGAGGUCACUCAAGCGCUAACUCUUGACUCUGCGCAUACUAAACAUGCUCUCGAGGCUCUACACCCAAAUAUCAAGGUGUUUAGACAUCCUGAUCAUCUGCCAACGGACCGUCAGAAGCUUGAAUCUGCGUUUGCUGGUCUGUCCCUAGAAAGUCUGAAACUCGACGAUUUCAGUCUAUCCAAGUUCUCAGGAGACGCAUUGAAAGAACUUUACGGUUCAUUCGGUGAUACUGUCUUGUACUGGGCUCACCAUGAAAAGUUGUGUGUCGUUGACCGACGUAUUGCUUUUAUGGGUGGUCUUGAUAUGUGCUUCGGGAGAUAUGACACGAACAGCCACCCCAUCGCCGACGCUCACCCUGGCAAUCUGGAUGCAAUUGUGUUCCCCGGCCAAGAUUUCAACAAUGCUCGAGUUUACGACUUCGAAGGUGUUGACAACUGGGAUCAUAAUAAACUUGAUAGAACCAAGAGCUCCAGAAUGGGUUGGUCCGACAUUGCUAUCUCCCUAAAAGGGCCUAUCGUUGGAAGUCUGAUCGAUCAUUUCACCGACCGAUGGAACUUCAUAUUCGACGAUAAAUACACCAAGAGAGACGCCGGGAAGUACGAGAGGAUCGGCUUCGGAGGGUCCACCGAAAGAUCCCACGAAGAAAGCCAUCAUGGCUUCUUUGAUGAUGUUCAAGGUCAUUUUAACCGCGGGGUUAGGCAUCUUAUAGGAGAAGGCCAAGAGCAUCAGGAACAUCGUGACCGUGGUCGUGAUAACUUCGACCGUUCUGGUAGUGUUAAAAUCCAGCUUUGCAGAAGUUGUUCCGAGUGGUCUGCUGGUCACCCAACCGAACAUUCAAUCGCCAAUGCUUAUAUCAACGCCAUUGAAAAUGCUCAGCAUUUCGUCUACAUCGAGAACCAGUUUUUCAUCACAGCAACCUCCGACGAACAAAAACCCGUCGAGAACAAAAUCGGCGCCACCAUUGUGUCGCGAAUUGUCCGCGCGCAUAACAACAGGGAGGACUUCCAAGUCAUCGUCCUAAUGCCCGCCGUGCCCGCCUUCGCCGGCGACCUCAAAUCCGACGGCGCACUCGGAACCCGUGCCAUCAUGGAAUUCCAGUAUAACAGUAUCAACCGCGGGGGCUACAGCAUUAUCGAAUCCCUACAGAAGGAAGGCGUAGAUGACUGGCGUCGGUACAUCGGGUUCUACAACCUACGCAACUACGACCGCAUUAACAUAUCCUCAACCCUACACCAAGUUGAGCAAGAAAGCGGCGUAUCCUACGAAUCCGCACGACGCGAACACGACGACCGCGUCGGCGGAUACCCUUACGGAAACGAAGGCAAUGAAUACGGCAACGAAGGUAACUACGAGCGCUACCAAUCCGCCGCUUCAAACGCCCGCGACCGGACCUGGGACACGGUAUCUAGCUGCUACAUGGACGGGGGCCCGGACAUCCGCAACGUACCCUGGGACGGCAGUCCCGAGUCCGAGCUCGAUGCCUUCGUAUCCGAGGAAUUGUACAUCCACAGCAAAGUCCUAAUCGCCGACGACCGACUCGUGAUCUGCGGCUCCGCAAACCUAAACGACCGUAGCCAACUCGGGACCCACGAUUCCGAGAUCGCAGUCGUGAUUGAAGACCCGGAACCCGUUGAAAGUACUAUGAACGGACAACCGUUCACUGCUUCACGUUUCGCUGCUUCCUUGCGAAGACAGCUCUGGCGUAAGCAUUUGGGUUUACUACCGGACCAGCCUUGGGAUCGCCCGAAUGCGAAUUGGACACCCGUGGGCCGCGACCCACAAGACUACGAUUGGGGCUCGCGCGCCGAUCGACUGGUUGAGGAUCCUAUGAGUGAGGAUUUCCGCAAUUUGUGGACGGGCACUGCGCGUACGAAUACCGAGGUCUUUACUAAAGUCUUCCACCCCGUGCCCAACGACCACGUAAGGACCUGGGACCAAUACGAAGAUUUCUUCAGUCGGUAUUUCGUCAUCCCCACUGGUGAUGAUGAAAAGGAGAAGGAGAAGGCUGAGGAAGAGAGGAGGAAUGGAAAGGUUGAUUACGGACAUGUAGUUCGCGACGAGUUCCCUGGUGGUGUGGCCGAGGUUAAGGAUUGGUUGAGUCGUGUGCGUGGUACGUUGGUCGAGAUGCCGUUGGAUUUCUUGGUCGAUGUGGAGGAUUUGGCGAAGUCUGGGUUGAGUCUGAAUGCGUUCACGGAUGAGAUCUACACUUAA